CGCGCUCCUGGGCCCGGCCCGCAGCGGAUCCGGGGGAGCCCCAUGGGGCGGGGGCUGCCCGCAGCAUGCCGGCCCCGCUGCGCCUGCUCUGGCUGGGCUGCCUCUGUAGCUUCUGCCGCGGGUACUUCCAGGGCCCGCUCUACCCCGAGAUGUCCAACGGGACCCUGCACCAUUACUUCGUCCCCGACGGGGACUACGAGGAGAACGACGACCCGGAGCGGUGCCAGCUGCUCUUCAGGGUGAGCGAGCAGCGGCGGUGCGGGGCGGCGGCGGGCGGCGACGGGCUGAGCCUGCGGGAGGAGCUGACGGUGCUGGGCCGGCAGGUGGAGGACGCGGGCCGGGUGCUGGAGGGCAUCGGCAAGAGCAUCUCCUACGACCUGGACGGGGAGGAGAGCUACAGCACCUACCUGCGCCGCGAGUCCGCCCAGAUCAGCGACGCCUACUCCAGCUCGGACCGGUCGCUGAGCGAGCUGGAGGGCAAGUUCCGUCAGGGGCAGGAGCAAGGGGGCCGGGAGGAGGCCCGUCUGGGCGACAGCUUCCUGGGGCUGCUGCUGCACGCCCGCGCCCUGCUGCGGGAGACCCGCCACAUCUCCAGCGGGCUGCGGGACAAGCACGACCUCCUCGCCCUCACCGUCCGCAGCCACGGCGCCCGCCUCAGCCGCCUCAAGAACGACUAUCUCCGGGCCUGAACCGGGACCCCCCCGGCCCCUCUGCUCCGCCGGGAAGAGGGGCUUCGGACGGCGCCCUCAGCCCCCCCCGGGAGGUGCCAGGGUCUGGCUGGAAGGAGCCACUUCCUCUCGCAAAUGCAGCCUUCGCCUUGGAAAAACUUAUUUAUUAUAUCUGACUUUCUCAAGUAAUAGCGCGUUUCCAUAAAGCGGGAGGUUAGAGGUAUGUUUAAGUUAAGAUCCCAUCUUUUAAAAAAUGAGCCCGUGUUAUGCGGUUCGUUUUUUGUUACGAAGCAAAGCGAGCUUCCUCCUCUGCCCUUCCCUGCCGUGGGUUUGUGCUGCUGGUUCUACUGCAGCUCACCUGCCACAGCCGUGGCUAAGGUGUGGUGCUGGCCACAGGCUCACCUGUAGCAGAUGCUGAAAUGACUUUUGUUGUUGCUCUCCUUCAGGGCGACGCCUCUGCCCUCCUGUUAACUUCCUUAAACUUUUGUAACAGUAUGUAUUCUAUGCACGUAAAAUGUUGUUCUACUACGUAACUUAAAGCUGUGACUUCCAUUUGUGUUUUGAACGACGGGAACUAUUCUGGCAGGAUGUGUGCUUUUCCAGGCUUGCUUAUCUGUGACUCUUAAGCUAUCAAAACCCCAAGAGCCAGCCAAAAAGGCUUAUGUCAGAUCCUGACAAUGCUGAUGCGGAUUUUUAUAGUAAAAAGGAACCCUCACAGUGACUGUAGUUUCAGAUCCCAAAUUUCGGAGCUGGAUUUCUUAGAGGAUGUUUCUAAAGCAGACAAAAAGGUUUAAUCUGUGCCAGCACAGUGAUAUUUCUCAUUGGUGCCUUUGUACUUUUGCUAGCUAAGCUAUUAAUAAAAUUAUUUGUGCUCAUAGACAAUAGCAAAAGUGCCUAGUGGGAAGGAGGGGGAGAUUCAUUUGGAUUUUCAGACUCGUUGCUAUUUAAUUGUCAGUUUGGGGUAAUAUGGCUACUAGGUUACAGAUACUGCAGGCAGAAUCACUGUUUAGAUUAAAAACUUUCAUCUGUUGUUUUAAUAAAUAUUUGAAAACGAUGUUAAAGCACACAUUUUUUCUUUUGUUUUUCUGCUUGAGAUGCUUUUGAUUUCAAACAUGCUGUUGUAAUGUGUCUUUCCAGCAAAAAAUUGUGUGUGUGGAUCCUGCCAAAAGAAAUAACUUGCUUUUUAGUAAAAAGAAAUAAAAAUUUGCAGACUCGA